AUGCAGCAAGAAAAUUUCGAUCCAUAUGCUACAAUGAUCGUUUAUUCUGGUCGUCCAAAUCCACGUUGGCAGUUAUCAACUGAAGAAUGGCAUCAAUUAAGUAAAUUAAUCGACAUGCUGCCGAAAAUAACUGAAAUUGACGGAGGCCCUUAUCAAUUCGAUGGUCAUUUGGGCUAUUCUGGUUUUCACGCACAUUUUUCAAUUAUAUCUAGCUAUCCUGAUAUUUAUUAUGUGGCCAAUACAUGUCAAGCUGUUUCAUCCAAUCCUGCUGAAUAUAUGAUCUUUACUGAUGAAAAGAAACAGGUGGGAAAUUGGUUUGUAGAUAGUGCAAAAAAUCAUGGUAUUUCAUUACCAUCACGAACAUAA